AUGUUUGGCUCUGGCUUUUCCCGGCCUCCGCGGGGCCGGGCCCCUUUAGGCCUUCUGCUGUCCCUUUGCCUCCUAUCAGCAGCAGCAGCAGCAGCAGCAGCAGCAGCAGCAGCAGCAGCAGCAGCAGCAGAAAUUGAAGCGCUGGAGGCGGCGAGCGCGGGCAGCUCUUUGCCCUUCUCUUCGGGCCCUGUAAUUCGCAGCUGGUCGAAAGUUCCUGCUGCGGACUGCACGCUGACUGCAGCCCCUGCUGCUGCUGCUGCUGCUGCUGCUGCUGCUGCUGCUGCUGCUGCUGCUCCUGCGCCCUUCGGGCCGUUCGAGGCGCUGCUGACGCUGAACAGCAAAGAGGAGAUCGUGGCCUUCGAGCCCGUGCAGGUGCAGCACCUGUGCAGCAUCAGCAGCAGCAGCAGCAGCAGCAGCAGCAGCAGCAGCAGCAGCAGCGGGGAGUGGCUGCACGUGCUGUGCCCGGACAGCAAGAGCCCCGAGGGCGCCGCUGCUGCUGCUGCUGCUGCUGCUGCUGCUGCUGCUGCUGGCCCCGGACCAGCCCCACUCCAUGCUGCAGCACCAAACCUCAACUUCAGACUUUCUCUCGCCAAAAGAAAUGUUUCUGGUUUGCUGCCAGCAGCUUUUGCUGCUGCUCUUCGCCGGCUGCUGCGCAGCAAACGACUGCAGCGCAGCAGCCCCGUGGCCGAGCUCUACGACUGGCUGCUGCAGUGCCGCAGCAGCAGCAGCAGCUACUUCCUCACCUGCACCACACCCAGCAGCAGCAGCAGCAGCAGCAGCAGCAGCAGCAGCAGCAGCAGCAGCAGCAGCAGCAGCAGGCGCAGCCCCCCCAACCCCCACCUCUCCUACACCAACUUCUGGGGAGACUUCCUCAUGGCUGCUUACGAAAGUCCAGACUUUAAGUCUCCAACUAUUCCCUCUUUUGGAGACAAUUAA